UUAAGUGAAUUAAAAAUGCCUAUGACUGUUUUAAAAGCUGAAUUAAGGCAAAUUCCUUGUAUCUCUAUGCUUACCAGGUAUAUGAUCGUUGAAUGCUUGAAAUCUACAACAGCGCUCUCUAGUGGCAUCUCUCUGCUCACUUUAUCUGCUGUGGUUCUGUGCAUAAUAUUAAGCUUUGGCCUAAAAUUGACAUUUUUAACUACAUGCUUUGACAUAAUUAAUAGUUUGGAAUAAUCAUAAUGAAACAAAAAGAGCAUGAAGGGCUGCAAUUUAGUUUUACCUAAAAAUCAGAAAUAUCUACACACAUAAAUGCAUCUCGCUACUUUUCUGUUCGGUUUUCUUUACAAAUGUUUCUGUGCGUGUUUUGAGAGGUGAUCUGUAGUCUCUGCGGCCCUGUGUGCAACUGUAACAUCCCCUCUGUUUUAUUUAUUGUUUUUGAAUUGAACUUUGGUCACCGUUGGGGACUGAGAGAGUGGGGACAAAGUUCACAGGGCGCAUGUAAGGAGGGGGGGGUGAAGAGGAAGAAGGUUAAAAAAAAGAAAAUUGACCUUUGAAAGCAAAACAGCAGGUGGAGAGCUAAAAACCAGGCAGCUCAGGACACAUCGGGAGGAAAUUUAACACAAGGGAAAUGAAAGUAUACUUUCUCUUACACUGAAGAGGGAUUACAGAUGUAAAGGGGCCCGAUGCUGCCCGUCUGGCCGUAGUUUGAGUGUGUCAACUGCACAUGAGAGCAGUGUGUUUGUUUGCGAGGCGGUAGCGAGGUAAGGCAUCAGAAUAAUGGAGGGAGAGGAGAGGGCCAGGGCAGCUAAGGCGAGGUCGAGCCUGACCGCUCUUCAGGAGCAGCUGAUCUGGGCCUUGCUAGGAUCCGGACUGUCCCGGGACGUCCUGGUCCAAGCCUUGGGGGAACUGGAGGGAGACAGGGCGACUGCUGGUGCCGAGAAGGGAGAGAAAGGAGAUGGAGAGAGCUCUGAAGAGGGAGAAAUGGAUUUCCCACCGCCCAUAUUCCGAGAUUUGGAUAAGCUUCCCCCAGAGGAGGCAAACAAACUGAGGACUGAAGUCGAACGGCUACUGCAAGAGGAUCCCUGGCGUGUUGCGAAAAUUGUGAAAAGCUACAUGCAGCAGCACAACCUCCCUCAGAGAGAGGUGGUGGAGUCUACAGGACUCAACCAGUCCCACCUCUCCCAGCACCUCAACAAAGGCACGCCCAUGAAGAACCAGAAGAGAGCUGCUCUGUACACCUGGUACGUCAAGAAGCAGUGUGAGAUCAGCCAGCAGUUCACCAAUGCCAAACAUGGCUUUGGAUCAGUGGAGGACCAAGGAGAGGACACCAGGAAAGGACGGAGGAACAGGUUCAAAUGGGGUCCUGCGUCCCUGCAAAUCCUCUUCCAUGCCUACGAACAACAAAAGAACCCCAGCAAGGAGGAAAGAGAGGGUUUGGUGGAUGACUGUAACAGGGCAGAGUGUCUACAGAGAGGGGUGUCUCCCUCUCAGCUGGCUGGCCUAGGCUCUAACCUGGUGACGGAGGUCCGGGUGUACAACUGGUUUGCCAACCGGCGCAAAGAGGAGGCCUUCCGUCAUAAACUGGCCCUGGACACGCCUUUCACCAACCAGUCUACCUCCUCUUCCAACCCUGCUCUCCCACAUAGUCCUGAGCAUGGUGUGAAAUACAGCCAGCAAAUUGCAUGUGAAACCCUGAGCUCAGUCAGGGGUAGCGGAGGGGAAAGAGUGGGACGCCUGGUGAUCAGCCCUGUCCAAUUGGAGCCAAGCCACACACUCCUCGAGACCCACAAUCCCAAGCCGGUGUCCAGCGGUGGCCCACUGCCCCCAGUAAGCACUCUGACCUCGCUGCACAGUCUGUCUGCAUCCAACACGUCCUCACAGGGCGUCAUCAUGGCCUCACUGCCCAGCAUCAUGAGCCUGGGAGAGUCCUCACUUUUCAUCGGUUUAGCCUCCACCCAGCCUCAGACCAUACCGGUCAUAAACAACGUGGGGGGCAGUUUCACCACUCUGCAGCCAAUCUCAUUCCAGCAGCAGCUUCACGCCUCCCCGCAGCAGCAAAUAUCACAGCAGCUCCACGGUCACAUGGGUGCCAGUCCAUUCAUGGCAACAAUGGCACAGCUGCCAUGUCACAUGUACAACAAGUCUGAUUCUCCCCAGUACCACUCGUCCAGUCUGCUGUCUCAAGCCAUGGUCAUCACUGACAGCAGCAGCCUGGGGACGCUGACCAGCCUCACUGCUGUCCGACAGAUUCUAACAGCAGAUCCUGAAGAACAGACGGACCCAUCCUUACAGGAAGAAUCUCUGCACCUGCAACCCUCCACACCUGUACCAGCUUCCUCCGAGAGCCUCGAGCUGUACCCCGACUCUCAGACGACAGAAAGCCACCAGUCUCACCUCCUCUCACCUUCACCAACAGACAUCAGCUCCUACAUUCCUACACAAAUGGUUUCUACUGCGCAAUAGGAGCGCUUUGCCAGCAUGUGUCUACCCACUGUCAGCUGGACUCAUUCAUGUGGUAUUGUGUGGGAUGGACAGAUACCUCAGGUGUAACUUUCCAGAGAAACCACAUCAAAUUUUGGAGGAUGUCUGGGGUCACGAACCACAAGGAUUCAACGUUGAUGUUUCAAACUCCAAACCACUGGAAUAUGAACAAGGAUCAACAAUAGAGAAGAUUUACUUUUGAUACAACAGGGAAUCCAAUGAAAAAUCAAAACCAAAACAUGUUUUUAUUAAAGUAAUUU